ACAAAAUAAAAGGAUUUAAAUUUUAUUGAAAGAUUUUCACAAAAGUAAGAGUGAAUUUUAGGGUUAUAUUGAUAAAAUUUAAGUGUAAAAAUCUAGGAAAAUGUCCUCUUGGAAAAAAGCUGCGAAAGCUAACCAAAAAACACAUAGAGAAAGACAUCAACCAGAGUCCCGCAAACAUUUAGGACUCUUGGAAAAAAAGAAAGAUUAUAAGAAACGUGCUGACGAUUACCAUGAAAAAGGCGCUACACUUAAACUACUUCGCAAAAGAACGUUGGACAAGAAUCCGGACGAGUUUUACUUUCACAUGAUAAACUCCAGAGUAAAAGAUGGGGUUCAUCAUGAAGUUGAGAAAGAGGAUGAGUAUACACCGGAGCAGAUCAAGUUGAUGCAGACGCAAGACAUCAAGUAUGUCAACAUGAAGAGGACCAUUGAGAGCCGCAGGAUACAGAGGUUACAGUCUCAACUCCACAUGACAGAUGUGAUAGAUUCAACACCAAAUACCCAUGUGUUCUUUGUUGAUGAAGGCGAAGAGAAAGAAUUCGAUCUGGCAAAACGUCUGGACACACAUCCAGCGCUCAUCAACAGAAAGUCAAAUAGACCCAGGCUGUCAGACUUAGAUAAAAUGUCCUUACCAGAUGUCAGUGAAGCAGCUUUAGAAUCAGCAAAGAAGUCUAAAGAGAAGAUUUAUAAAGAGCUGUCUAAGAGGAUUGAGAGGGAAGAGCAUCUGACUGUUGUUCAACAGAAGAUGGAGCUAAAGAGGAAUCUUCAAGACAAGUCAGUCAAGAUUCUGAAACCUAAGAAGGUCCAAAAAGGUACUAAGGUAUCUGCUCCUGUGUACAAAUUCCAAUACAUUAGAAAAAAAUAAUAACAAAUUAUGUUUAUUACGAUUUAAUAAAUACAAUCUUAAAGCUAA